UUUCACACCGCCUUUGGACUUGUGCGCGUGCGCUGUUUGCACCAGCGGGAAGUCCCGAAAUCUUUGAACGGCGUGACCAGUGGCGUGGCUCGUCAGGUGCUUUGUCCGUUUUACUGUAGUUCUUGUUUGACUUGAAAGCUACAUUAUUCGACACGUCCGACUUCUCCGCUUCAGAAGUUCACUGUAGGCUAUGGCGCCGACUGCAUCAAAAAUGUCCGUUGUGGCGCAGUUUGACGACUUUACUCGUCAGCUGGUGCCCUGCAGUAACAUUGAAAUGGAGUUCUUGAACUUCGUAAAAAACCAAGAAGCUUGUCGAAAACAGUGGCACAUAUCGGAGCAACUAGUACAGAGUUUGCAGAAGGAGGUCUCUGAAUUGAAAGCAGAGAAGCUUGAGCUCGAACGUCUCCUGGAAUACACCAGAAAUGUACUGGAGACAGAAAUGGCACGCCGUGAAAGGUGUGAAGAAGAAAAGGAAGCCAAGAGUCGUCAGAUCGACCUCAUCAAAGAAUUCAUUCUGAAUGACCCCGAACUGAGGGAUGAGACGAUAGACAAGCUGCCUUUUCUGAGGCCGUCUGCAGCAAAUGAUGAAGCAGCACGCAGGCUGAACACAAUCAACGAGUCUGCGGGAUCGGCCCUGUCGCCUUCCCGAGACAGCCUGGACACUUCUGAAGAUGGCUGUGGACGUCGCAGCACGCGGUCACGUGGCAAGCGUAGCUCUGGAAGGCUUGAUCUUCAGGAAGUUGAAGCUAAGAGGCAAAAAUCCCUGGAAUCUGACGAUCCAGCACGCCCUAACAUCAUUGCAACAACUACCGUAACCGUAACGGACGGAAAGGACUUUGUCGCCACGUCCAGAGUGUACACUCAGCAAACUCCUCAUGGCAUCUCCACUGAGCAAUACAUCCCGUCUGCACCUCCCAUGACACCUCAGUUGGAAAAUGGACAGACGACACCCCUGCAGCAACGCCAUACAAACCGCACACCGUCCCGUACAAACUCUGCCGGCAAGCUGCUGUCGCGUGAGCACAGCUUCUGCACCAAGACUGUCAUCAAGCCCGACCAAUGCGGCCCCUGUGGGAAGAGGAUCACGUUUUACAAGCCCGUGCUCAAGUGCUCUCGUUGCCGUGCAACUUGCCAUCCAGAGUGUAAGGACAAGGUCCCACUGCCGUGCAUUGCUGUAAGAAGUACUCCAACCCAGAGCAAUAAUGGCGCCCUGAAAAGCCGCAUUGCUGACCAUGCACCGCCGACGUCGCCCAUGGUGCCGGCAAUCAUUGUUCACUGCAUUCAAGAGGUGGAACGUCGGGGCCUCAACGAAGUUGGGCUCUACAGGGUGUGCGGGGCUGAAAAGGAAGUGCGCGACAUCAUUGCGGCAUUUGGUCGAGGGAAAGGAGCUCCGAAUUUGGAGACUGCUGACAUUCACGCUGUCUGCAGCGCGAUCAAGUCCUUCUUGAACUCACUCUCCGAGACACUCAUUACGAAGUCCUUCUGGGACGACUUUGUGAAAGCGGCAGAAAGGGGUAGAGAGAACGAACAGUUUCCCAUCUGGCACUACGUGAACGCCCUUCCCAAGCCGAACAGGGACACACUAGCAGCCCUAGUGCUUCACCUUCAGCUGGUUGCCCAAAGUCCCAACACGAAGAUGCCUGUGUCGAACCUGGCACGUGUGUUUGGCCCUACAGUGGUAGGCUACUCCAGCAACGAUGCAGCUAGUGUGCGUGACCCCCUGAAAGAAACUGGGCAGCAGGCUCAGGUGAUGGAGUGCCUUCUUUCUGUACCUGCUGAAUUCUGGAGGACUUUCAUUGAUGUUGACCCCGAAGAAGAGGAUGCUCUCAGGACUCCCGAGACCAAACCUGUGCCACACAGCUCUGUGCUGGGUCCGGUGUACGGCACACUGGGCAGGAAGGCCUCACGCUCACGCACUCCUCUCAGGUCGGGCUUUAGUAGUGCAAAGCGUGCUCCUCUACCACCAGUCGCAAGAAGCAUUUCCAAAGGGCGGUCCACUGGAGCACGUUCAGGCUACUUUUCCUCGCCAGCCAUGAAAUGAAGAUGACCACAUUUUGUACAGACUUGCAGACAACACACUUUUGUAUAACUUUGUGUGAAUGAAUAUUUUAUGUCAUUUUAGACUUUGAAGGAUCAUAAGCUCCAGUACUUAAUUUUUGUGAAUGUUUUAGCAUUUUUGCGAGCCUCCCUCUCCUUGUGUAUUGAUUCGUCAUCACCAAAUGUGCAACAGUGGACAUCGAGAUGUUGUACUCUUGAAGGACUAAUAUAUUAUACUUAAAUCCCA